AAAUAAAAAAGAUAAUUUAUUUAAUAAUUUACUGACAACAUGUUGUUUUCAUUAAACUAAUUAUAUAAAAUUGAUGCAAAACAUGAUCGGAGUUCUAUCUACUGGCGGUAAAUUCUUCCGGCCUUCAAGCCGAAAAGAACCUUUUAAAGUCGCAGUUUGAAUCUUAUGACUCUGAGAUUGUUCCUAGUUUCUUUAGACUUUUCAAAUCCUUUUUCAAGUGUUGAGCUCUCCUAAUGAAUCCAACUCCUAUUUCCAUCGGCCGAUUUCUGAUUCUACCAAGCAGCUCUGCUGCUCAUACAAAACCAACUUUAAAUCCCUUCGUCGCCUCUAUUUUUACACGGAAAUCUACUUUUUCUUCUUCUUCUUCUUCUUUACAAAACCUCUCCGACUCUCACUCCAAAUCAGUUUCAAACCCACUUUACCAUUUUCUUCCUCCAACUCAAAACCCCAACAAUAUAGUCAAUCUCAUCAGCUCUAGCCUCAGACAAGAAAGUUUCCACCUCACUCUUCUCCAAAACGACAUAAAAGGGCUUCUUCCCCAUCUGGGUUCCAGUGAAAUUUCGAGGGUUUUGUUGAGAUGUCAAUCUGAUUACUCUUCAGCUCUUACUUUCUUUAACUGGGUCAAGAAUGAUUUGGGUCUCAGACCCACUACCCCGAACUAUUGCAUUAUGCUUCAUAUUUUGGCUUGGUCACGAAAAUUUUCGCCCGCCAUGAAACUGUUAUCUGAAUUGAUAGAGUUGGUUAACGACGUUCCAGCAGAGGAUGACAUAUUUCAAAAUUUGAUUUUGUGUACCCAAGACUGUAACUGGGAUCCAGUUAUCUUUGAUAUGCUCAUGAAGGCUUAUGUGAAAACAGAUAUGAUUCGAGAAGGUUAUACUACUUUUAGGAAGACAAUAGAGGUUGGUUUUGUCCCAAGUGUUAUCUCUUGCAAUUUUCUUAUGCAUGGAUUAAUGGGGUUGAAUUAUAUUGAUCAAUGCUGGCAUGUUUAUGAAGAGAUGGGGAGGAUUGGGGUACAUCCAAAUGCUUAUACAUUUAAUAUUUUGACUCAUGCUUUAUGCAAUGAUGGAGAUGUGGAUAAAGUGAACUCUUUUCUGGAGAAGAUGGAAGAAGAAGGGUUUGAUCCUGAUAUUGUUACGUAUAACACUCUAAUCAGUAGCUAUUGUAGGAAAGGAAGGCUGGAAGAUGCAUUUUAUUUGUACAAGAUCAUGUAUAGAAGGAAUGUGAUCCCAGACUUGGUUUCAUAUACUACCUUGAUGAAUGGGCUUUGUAAACAAGGGAGGAUGAGGGAAGCUCAUCAGCUUUUCCACAGAAUGAUUCAUAGAGGAUUGAAUCCGGAUGCUAUGUCGUAUAAUACUCUUAUUAGUGGUUAUUGCCAUGAGGGAAAGAUGAAAGAAUGCAAGUUAUUGUUGCAUGAGAUGAUCAGCAAUGGAAUUCUACCAGACUGUUUCACUUGCAGGACACUCGUUGAAGGAUAUGGCAGAGAAGGUAAGCUGCUCUCUGCUUUGAAUUUGGUUGUAGAGCUUCAGAGAUUUGGAGUUUCUCUUUCAGGUAACAUUCAUGAUUAUCUAAUUUCCGCAUUAUGCCAAGAAGGUCGGCCGUUUGCAGCUAAAAGUCUUUUGGAAAGAAUUUCUGGGGAUGGUUAUGUGCCUGAUAUGAAUAUCUACAAUGAAUUAAUUGCAUCUUUCUGCAAAUGUUGUCAUGUUGCAGAGGCAUUACUUUUGAAAGAUGAAAUGGUAAGUUCGAAUAUCAAACCCAGUGUCUUCACAUAUAGAACACUCAUAAGCUGUUUGUGUCGAAUAAAUAGAAGUAAAGAAGGCGCAUGCUUAAUGGAAGAAAUGGCUGAAUCGGGUUUGUCACCAGAUACGGUAAUAUGCAGGGAAUUAGUAGACGGGUACUGCAAAGAAGGUAAUAUUGCUAAAGCAGAAUCAACACUGAGCUUAUUUGCCAGGGAAUUUCAAAUUUUUGAUACUGAAAGUUACAAUAUACUUGUCAAAGUUUUAUGUGAGGAGGGUAAUGUGGCUAAGAUGCUGGAGCUGCAGGAUAGGAUGCUAAAAGUAGGUCUUACACCAAAUAGCUUGACAUGUAGAUAUGUGAUCCAUAGCUUAUGGAAAACUACUAAUCUGGACAAAGCCAAGCUACAAGCCUACAACUAGAAUGAAAAUAUCGAGACUUUUGGAGAAAAUAUUAUUCCUUGACCGGAUGAUAUGAGGUAUAUGUCAGUUAUCUACAUUCAGGGGUUCAAAAUGCCUUUUUGGAUACCAUUAAUUUGGGCAGAAGAUGAGGAAUUCAGCUGAAGAGGUUGGCAUGGCUGGGGAGCUAAUAUCUGAUUUCCCUCUUGGUUAUUUAUGGCUACUAAUGGCAAGUUGACAUCAAAUUUGGCACUUAAUUUGAAUGCCGUAUUAUGCAACCACAUAAUUGCCUUAUCGGAGUUUGUGCACAAAGUUUAUGCAAAUAAUCCCAUUUUCCCAAGGGGGGGGGGGGGGGGGGUGUGUGUGGGGAAUGAGGCUGCUUAUCCACCUCAUUCCUGGAUUCUAACGUCAUGAUAAAGAGAAGUUUCCCUUUCUCAGUGGCUUUGCCAGACGGAUAGAAAUUCAAACGAGGACCGUUGCAUGAUAAGUUCAUUGUACAUGAAAUGAUCCUUGUAAUUCAUAUUUGUAACUAUUAAUCAAAAUUAAGUUCAUUAUUGAUUACUGGCAUCGACCAGGUUAAUGAAAAAGUUGAAGUCCAGGCUUCAGCAUAUAGUUCUUGUUGGAA